CGUAGGGUGCACCGCGAGGACCGUGAAUCGAGGGGGUGUGCGCGGAUGAAUUGUCCGAUAGACGAAGGCUAACGCCCAGCAUCCCGGCAGAUUGCGCGACUUUGCGUAUCCUGUGAUAAGCAUCGGAACGGAAGAGCAAUCGGUAUCAGUACGUACGAUCUCGUUCGCAAGGUCGAAUUGAGAUUUUUAUAUCGCUCAUUCGCGUUCAUUUGCCUUCGUCCUCAUCUCUCAUCGCUACUUUGCGACGAUCGCGUAUCGUUUCGUUCCGAAUCACGAAUCUCUCUCAACGAUGUACGAUGGAAUCGAUCCAGAUGCACCGAAUAUCCCCGGAGAUUCGCAUUUCGGGCGAUAUUCGCGAGUAAGUCUAACUAAUCGUAAACGCGAGAUCUCCGGGUCCUGCCUGUACGCGGGGAUUCAUCGACGUUAUCAGGCUGGAGCGACAUCGACGCGAAAAGAAACGAGGAGGGUAGCUGGUUGAAGAGCAACGAAAAUAACAACGGAGGCAAUUCGCGCUCGUUUAUUUUCGAGCAAUCGCGAAAAGAUUAAGCAUCACAGAGUUAUAAGCAAGAUUGAUCGAACGAAGAUGAGGUCGACCGUACCCGGCGUCUUUUUUCUUCUGUAUCUCUGUUGCGCGAAUUUGCCGAGUGUCAUCACGUACUUGGAUCCGUUUUGUGGUGGUUAUUUGACGGGCUCUAAAGGCAUAAUACAUACGCCGAAUUUCCCCGGGCCGUUUCCGGUCCCGAUCAAGUGUCGCUGGGUGAUCGACGUGUCCGACAUUCCAUCGACCAAUAGCUCCAUAGUCGUCUACCUCACGCAGCUCUACGUUUACAAAGGACUUCGCUUCACCGAGUACGCGUAUUAUGAAUCCGAGACCAUGAACUUCGGGGCGGCCUUGAUAAAAGAGGUGACUGAGGGUAACGUCUUCGAGUACCGACAUCUUCGGACUUUUAGACCGUUUCUGGUGGUCGACUUUGAACUCGAUCGACUCGAGGGCAAUCACGUCAGGGUGUUGAACGAUCUGCUUGAUGUAUAUGGAUUCAAUGUGACAUAUGAAAUGACCGAGGAACAUCCGAAUUUUGAAUCCUGCACUAUGCGUGAUUGUUCUUUCGCGGGAAACUGUCUCGUCACCGCGGAUUACACGUCUUUCUGGUGCGACUGUUUCUCCGGUUUUAGUGGAAAAAGCUGCAACGAAGGACCAUUGUGUUUCAAUGAUGAACAUAAUCCAGUUUGUCAAAACGGAGCUACAUGCAGACAAAUUGGGGCGGAAGCAAUGCGUUGUGAUUGUCCGAGUGGCUAUGUCGGGCAUAACUGCGAAACUCGGCUUAUGGAUACUUUAGACACCGAAUGCGCUUCGGAAAAUUGCAUACUGCAAUGUCCACUCGACAAUCAGCAGCAACCGUGCGCUUGUAAAGAUGGCACGAAGAUAUACAACAAUCGAUCAAGAUACGAAUGCAGAAUCAAAUUGUCGAACGUUACGUCCCUCCGUACGGGUUUGACAUCGCAACAUGGAAGUUUGGAAUCAAUCGUCAGCAAACAACUUACAAAAUACUUAAGGAACUCCAAUAUCACUUUCAUGGAGGAAUUAAAAAUUCUGAACGUGACACCUACGGCUGAAGUUACGUUUCACUUUUUCGGAAAUUCUGACGAUGGGGAUAAAAUUCGCGAAUCUCUGAAUCGACUCGUACAACGUCGACGUCUCAGCGAAAUCUCACUGGAAUCCACACACUUUACAUUUCAACAAAAGCCCGCGCUUAAAUUACAGAGUCUGAGAAUUAAUCAGGUGAACGAUUACGAGAUUCAUUUGGGAGAGCAAAUCGUCUUGUCGUGCGCAGCUCAAGGAAGUAUAAAUUUUACUUGGUACAAAGAUGGUAUGUUGGUGAACACAAGUAAAGCUACUAGAGAAAUAUGGAUUAGCGAUUUGCCAAAUGACGGGUCGGAUGUGUACACGUCGAUAUUGACGAUUGAAAAAGCUACUCUGCUCGAUGCUGGUCAGUACACGUGUCAAGUGAUGGAUUGGAGUGUGCAACAAUGCAAAAGUAUUUACGUCGAAGUUAGAGACGAGCCGAACGUGAAGGUGGUACCAAUGAGCGCCACUAUAGAAAAAGGUAGCAAUAUACAAUUGACAUGUAUGACUUCUAACAUGCGUAACAUCGGCAUUGGAUUCGGUUGGACUAAGAAUCGCGCCUUGUUAAAAUUAGAGCCCGGUCAAGCAGUUUGGGAGGAUUUGUAUCCAGCGGGUAGCAUUUUAAAGAUCACUAAUAUUCAGAAAUCCGCAAUCUACACCUGCAACGUAGCACACAAAUCCAUGUCCGUCCGAGUUGAAGUCAUGAAUCGAACAUUGAUACCGAUAUGCCUCAACGGAGAAUCCUGGGGUUUGCAAUGGCCGGUCACUGCACCGGGAUCGGAGGCGCUAUUGGAAUGUCCUCGAUAUUUUGUAGGUCGACGAGUGUCCAGACUGUGCUCGAUGAAGGAUGCUACCACACCCGAAUGGCAAAUGCCGGAUUUCUCAUCUUGUUUGUACGAGACGUUGCUUUUACCCUACAAUAACUUUCGAAGUCUGAUGUUGGGUUAUCAAAAUACUACGAGCUCAGACACGAUCCUCGCCUUUUGGGAGAUCUUGCGCAAGCGUACAUUAACGCUUUAUCCUGGCGAAGGUGAUCGCAUAAUGAGCAUGUUGGCGGAAAUCGAACGGUAUCAGCACAGCAUCGAUCCGUCGGAUGCAUAUAUCUCCGCGGAAGCUUUGACUCAUAUAACGAAUCGCAUAUUGAGUAACGAGCACUCGAUCUUGAGUCAAGAGAAACUAUCGGUGCUGCUUCAACUUACGCAACGCAAUUUAAUUCACUGGUCCGAACAAUUGAGAGACGUUUGCAAACACUUAUCCCUAUCAUCUAUGGUUGUGGAUAUUCAACAACUGCAGUCUCACAGUGGGGACAGUAUUACGCAUUCUCUUCACAUACCUUUGAUCGAUUACGUAUAUCCUGAUUGGUAUGAAGACAAAAUAACUAUACGAUUAUGGACCAAAAGGCAGCGCAAUGUAAAAUUUAACAGCACAUUUACUGGAAUCAUUAUCAUGUACAAAAAUUUGUCGCACUUUGUACCAAGAGCGUACGUUAAAGAACUCGACGAUGGCACAGAUUUAGAAUUUCGCAUAAAUUCUCGAGUGAUCACAGUCGCGAUUCCUUCCUUCGACGCCGAUAAACACAACAAGGUCUGGGUUGAUCUGCAAAUCCGACAUUUACAAAAUCAAACGGGUUCUUGGAACACAUCAUGCGGCCUAAUGGAUAACGCAGGAUCAUGGGAUCUCAAUACUUGUAUAGCAAAUACAAUAUCCGGCGAUGUAACAACGCAUUGUCUGUGUCCUACUACGGGUACCAUCGCUGUUUUUUCGACAACUCGUGCAAUAAAAGUAGUAUUAGCAAAAACGGAGCAGACCACGUUCAUUAUAAUAUUCGGAUGCAGCAGCUGUCUUGUUCAGUGCUUGCUGUCUGCUCUGAUACUAGGUACCCUUUGGUGGAAGCACAAAAGCUGGUUAAAUUUUUUAAAACUCCAGUGCUGCGGUGCAUUAAUCGGCGCGAUGGCUAUCUUCAUUUAUGCCGUCCACACUAAUCUCCCAGAAUCAUUUUAUUCGCUCGUAGCGAUCGGACUAGAAGCAUUUCUCCUCAUAGGUAUGUCCGCACCUAUCUCCGAGGCUCUGAUAGUAUAUGCCGAACUCACGCAAAUUCGACCGAGUCAGCAUCUUCAGCCGACAGUAAUCGCCGUGAUAACCGGUGUCCCGAUCUUGGCUGUAUUCGCGACCGAACUGACACAUAAGAGUACUGGAUGGCGACACGAAUCCUGGUGGCUUAUAUAUGGCAGUGGCGUCUACAACAUAUUUGUCAGCUGCGCCACGAUGAUGUUUUUAAUAUUUAUGCUAUUGUACAUGGGAGUGCUCCACAAAGUUCACACGUUAGUGGAAGAGAACGUGAUGAAGAGAGAAGCUAUAGAAACGAGAAUACGAAUAUUGCAUCGUGCGGCUAUCGUUAUAUGCGGCAUCAUCGCCAUGGAGGCAGCCUCUAUUUUUUACAUAAACUCAUCGUCCGUAAUCUUCCAUUAUGUAUUCGCGUUCUUAUCCUUUGCCCUGGGUUUCAAAAUAAUAAUUGUAUACAUCAUUAACGGCGAGGCCGCUAUCAUUGGGCCAAUGUUGCGAAGAAUUAGAUGGAAGCGCAACGUGAACGAGGAACACACAGAACCCAUUAAAGUGUGCUCGAAAGCUGAUGCAGAUGUGGAGAAUGAUUGCUCGGCGAUUCCUCCAGCAUCCUCUUCGAUCGUUGGUGAGAUACCGUAUCGGGAGGUGCGAGGCGUUGCCGCAGGUAGCAUAGAUAUGCGCGAUUUUAUGAGUUCCGAAUCGUCGUCCGGAUACGCCAAAUCCGUCCCCGUUUCCGUGACCGGCAGAUUCUUACCGGAGAUCCGAGCGGCCCAUUCGGACGACAUCGAUCUGGAGAACUAUAGUACAAGUCCGCGCAAGUAUCAGGAACCACCUACUGUGUUUGUCGAUCCGAACUUUUCUGCACGCGGUUCACGGUGCGUUAAUGACGUGGUGACCUAUAGUGGCGUCAACGAUUGUUGUAGCUUUCGUAACGAAUAUCGCGGCGACGUUAAGAUCUUUCUGCCGGUGGCAAGCGUGUCCCCUGAAUGCUCUUCGGCUAAGGUACUCUGUAGCGCCGAUGUGGAGUCGCGAUUGGGAGCCAUGCCGGAUGUCACAUUGGCCGUGAAAAGCGAUAUCGAAUCGCGGGCAAACGCAGAGUUGAAGAACCGAGAGCACGUGACGAGCGCCAUCCCUGAUAUUGCCAAUACGAGCGAGCGUAAACAGCCCGACGGCGAGGAAAAGACGCCGGAGAUUGUAGUGACCGAUGGCUGCGACAGCACGAGCAGCGGUAUGCUGGAUCGUAUCUCUCACGAUCUUGACUAUUUGCUUAAUCGCACGCAUGCGAAAGAAGGAGCUUGAGGAUUGACUGAGAUCGCGAAAAAGUGAGGAAUGUAUGACAAAUAAACAAUUGUAGAUUGUUAAAUUUGUACAAAACAGGUUUCGUCUCACAAAUAUUUCCAUGUAUGAAUAAUGUAAUCGUAAUUUGUCUCGUAGUGUAAAGUGUAGUUUAUUUAUGGAAUAAUAUUCAAAAACUGAUAUUGUGUUUGUCACUAUGUAAAACUAUACGUGUGACAACAUGUACAAUACGUUAUUAUAACGUAUAUAUAAUCAUACUUGAAGGUAUAAAUCAAGGUUUAAAAUACAUCAUCUUUUUUUUUUAUUUCUUAGUCUCGCGUAUCUGUGCAUAUGCCAGACUAAUCUUAAUGUGAUCGCUGAUUAUGAAUUGGCAAUAGUCGUAAGAGAAAAGUGCGAAAAGUGAUUAUCAUUGCAUUCCAUCCAUCAGAAUCAAGUAUAAUCUGAAACUUUUCGUACUUCAUUUAUAUUUACGUCCAUUGUAUAUCCUGUGAGGAGGACUUAUAGUGACCCCUCCAAUAAACGAAUAUAACAAUCAAAAGUAUAGUGUACUGCAUAAGAUUUCGCACGAUUUUCUCGCAUGUAGAAUGUAGAUUUUCAAAAAAGAUGGGAUAAGCCAAGUAAUAGUACUUUCGAGUUAAAGUAUUUAUUUAUCACUGUCAUCGUACAGCCCUUUCAUAAUAUCCACGAGUCAGUCGUCGCGUUUUUUUUUUUUUUUCGUCGUUUAUAAUUUGUAUUAUAAAGCUAUACACAUUCAAUUUAGUUUGAUAAUCUACUUACAUACUUAAGAUCGAAGUUUAUGUUCUUGUAGGUAGGUAGGUAGCAGAUACCUCUAGUUAGGGUUAGUCGUUUACUUAAUGAAAAAUGCUUCACUGAAAAUUGAUUCGACCGAGGUAAGAAAUUGGAGCGGUAUCUCUUGGCCAAGCACGUGUUAUAAAUGCAAAAGAUGUAAUAAGAUCUGUGUUAGUCUGUUAGCAUUCAAAUAUACCUAUAUGACUAGUUUUUUUCUGUGUCUCAACAGAUUUUUCUUAAAAAUAUAAAAUAUUUACAAGGAUUUUUCAGCUAAUUUUAUCGAGAUUUAAUAAACCUUGGUUUAAUCACAUCAAUAAUACCCAAGUAUAGAGUAGAGCCGUGGCUUUAUCCGAUUACUGCCAAAUUACUCUAUUGAGCCAGUGUGUGUAUUCACGUAUUCAUAUAAUCUUACCUAUGAAAUUAAAAAUAUAGUAAAUGAACGAGCACGUUACUGUACUUUCUCUCUCGCGAACGAUUAUAUGUGUGUGUUCGCUCACUUUUAGACAGACUACAAUAGGCUGAGUAUUUUGGUGAAAGUAAUAAGAGCGGUCGAAGAGAGAUCGAAAUUCA